AUGAGUGGAUACGAUCAAGUGAACAACCAGUUUGACGGGCAAGAGGAUGCUGCCAAUGCUGCUGCACCUCAGUCCAAUGAGCAGCAAUCCCUGUUCGAGUUGAUGCAAUCAGCAGUGGGAGUUCCGGGAGAAACCAUGUCGGAUUCGUCUGCGUCUGCGGUUCCCAGUGUCAUGUCUCCGACUCCUCCUCCUACUCAACCAGAGCAGCAGCAGCAGCCACAACAACCAGUAGACUUGUUUCAAAUGAUGCAAUCGGAAAUUGGCAAACCAGGAGACACUACGGUGGGCGUACCACCCAUGUCACCCAUGCCAGUGACUCCUGCUGCUGCUGCUUCGUUUCAUAAUAACGAUAAUGAUAAUACUGCUUCUCCACCAUUGGUUGCAGAACCACAACAAGAACCACAACAACAAUCCUUGUUUGACAUGAUGCAAAAUGAAGUGGGUGUUCCCGGUCAAACCAUGCAAGGCAGAGAUAUUCCACCUUCUCCUGCUGCUGCUACUGCGGCAUCCUCGUUUGAUCCCUUGUUAUCGGCUUCUAACCCUGCAUUUGCACCUGCAUCUGUUGCAAUGGAUCAAUUUGAUCCAAUGGCGGCACCUGCUCCUGUUGCUGCCGCUCCUACUACUACUACUACUACGAGUCAAUACCAAGAACGUAGUGAUUCGGAACCCCAACUGGAAUUUUUUGAGGAUGAAGAACAACCGCGAGACGAUCACUUAUUGUUGUUGAAUAAUAAUGCCUCCACCAGUGUGGCCACUAAUACUACUACUACUACGGGUUCCACAGCGGAUGCCUCUCGCAACGAAUCUCGUGAAUUUGUCCGUAAUCUGCUCGCUGCGGAUGAUGAUGAUGACGAAGAAGAAGAUAGCGAGAAUACGGAUAGUGGUGAAGAAGGAGAAAACGAUUACGAAAUGGAACAAUUCAUCAAUGAAGAUGCUGCCGCCCAAAAGCCAAAGCCUGCCGCAAUCCUUAGCAGCAACUUUGCCGACAUGUCCAGUCGAAGCAAUCAUAACUUUCAAGACAUUUCCAUGCGUUCCCACCAAUCGGAACGGGGUGACUACUUUGUGUCCAACACCAAUAUGGAUGCCUACGAUCGAGAUUUGGAUCGACAAAAGGCUCUUGCCAAACGUCAACGCAAUUCCAAAAUCAAGAAAUAUGGUAUUAUUAUCGCCUUGGUGUUGAUUGUCGUUAUUGCCAUUGCGGCUGGAGUUGCCAGUGGUGGUGGAAGUGAUGACGCUGCUACCCCCAGCAGUAGUAAUUCCAACACUGGCAACAAUGCCAAUCGUGGAACCCGCGCUCCCAUUCCUCUUGUUCCACCCAAUGCUACAGAAGAUGGUAACAAUAACAAUGCCACGGAAGCACCUUCUGGUGCUCCUUCUUCUGGCUUUACCGACAUGGGUGGUCAACAAGUGGGUUUGGAUGACACACCCGAACCAAGCAUUGCUCCCAUUGUUACAGUGAUUGCUCCCGUGGCUCCGAAUACUCCUACCACUGACAAUAAUAAUAAUGCUGCUGCUCCCACCAAAGCCCCCACCCUCCCACCCAUUUCGUCGGCCGAUCAAGUCCGGUUGGAUUCGGUGACGAGCGUCGCCGAACAAUAUUUGCAAAACGAGAUUGAUUGGGAGGACGACACGAUGCCCAUUUCUCUGAAAAAAGGAUUGAGCUUCAUUGCCCUAUCCGACAAUGCCACCCUCUCCAUGAACGACGAACAAUUGCCACAACGAUUGGCCUUGUCAUGUUUGUUUUAUGCCACCAAUCCUUGUGGAUCCAAUCCCUGUGGAGACCGAUGGGUUACCUACACCAAUUGGUUGAGUGAUACCAGUCAUUGUCAGUGGCAUGGUGUCGUGUGUGAUGAAAAUAACAAAGUCUUGGAAGUGGAUUUGAACAACAAUGGACUCAAGGGACAGUUGCCAUCCGAAUUGCAAAUGCUCACGGCCUUGACCAAGUUGGAUUUGAGUAACAACAACAUCUUUGCUCCCAUUCCAACCACGAUUGGCAAGUUUACCUCGUUGCAAGUUUUGAACUUGUCCCACAAUGUCAUGGUCGGAAGUAUUCCCUCCGAGGCCUAUCAAGCCACUUCCCUCCAAUUGGUCCAUUUGAAUGACAAUGCGCUGACGGGAAGUCUUUCGGGACAAAUGGCCCAAUGGACGCAACUCCAAGAAUUGCAUUUGCACGCCAAUCAAUUCAAGGGGUCCGUUCCGGACGUCUUUGGUAGCAUGGCCAGUUUGACCUUGGUACGAUUGGAAGACAAUCAAUUCACGGGAGAUGUUCCCGUCAGUCUCGGACAGGCCACCAGCAUGACCUAUUUGAGUCUCGAGACCAAUCAAUUUGUGGGAUCGGUUCCCUCGGAUAUUUGUACCUUGACGACCGACCAUACCUUGACGCACCUGUCGGCGGAUUGCAUAUCCGAGGUUGCCUGCACCUGUUGUUCGGACUGUCGUUAA